AUGCCUUCUUCGCAUAAAUUUGGAUCUGUAGCACAACUUCCUGACAUCCUGAAACAAUAUACUAAAGACUGCAUUAGGGCUCAGCCUGCUGAUAUUAUUCAAUGGUCUACAGAUUAUUUUCAAAAUCUUUCAAUUGGAGGAUACCGUCCAGGAAAAUCAAGAGAAGAACGAUCAUCAUCUCUACCCCCCUGCAAACCAACACUUACACCUGGUUUAUUACGGGCCUUGCAUGCACAAGUAAAUGGAAGAUUAAUUGUCCAAUCAAAAGAAAUUGAACAAAAAUGGAAUGAUCUUGGUCUGCCACCAGACAUUCUAAGACGUAUAAUGACUGUGGGUGGCUUUGGCGUGGAGAUUGAAUGGAUGAAAUUUUUUGCGUUGGGUUGCAGCAUUCUUGAUCCUAAUAUUACGAACGCCAUGAAAUAUGCCUUUGAAAUUUUAAGCUCAAGUGAAGACGGUGGUCGAAUCCCUUAUACCACAUUUCGAUUCCUCUACAGUUACCUUGCCAUGAUAGAUGGUGAAAUUCAUCGAUCACAGAUUGAGAAAAUGUUGAACAACAUUGAGCGGCAAGUUGCUGAAAAUGAUGGACUUGUCAGAGUGAGUGAUUUCACCAACUGCUGA